GAACAUUCUGCAGAUACUUCUUCGUAGUAUUAUACAUUUAUUGAAGUUAUCCAUUUAUUACAUUUGAAGAUGGGUGAUGCUAAUGUAAACUAUAUAGCGCGCACAAUCAGGCCCUCUUGCAAAGUAGCUGUCAUAGGAGCUGGUCUGGCUGGUCUUGCAACGGCCGUCAGUCUUCAGAGAGUGGGCCAUCAAGUCACAGUCUUUGAAAUAUCGUCUGGGCUGAAAGAAAUUGGGGCUGGAAUCAAUGUCGCAACCAAUGCGACCAUUUUGUUCAAAGAAUGGGGAAUUCUCUCCCAGCUAGAAGAGGUUUCCAUUGAGCCAGAAAUUGCCAGGAUGUUCUCGCACAAGUCACAGCUUCUUUCCAGUACAAUAAUAAGUCCCGACUUCAAAGACUUGUACAAGACUCCCUAUCUUAUCACUCAUAGGGCCGAGUUGCAAAAUCUGUUAUUUAACAAGGCAACCAAGCUCGGAGCUGUAACUGUAUUUAGUGCAAUGGUAAAGAAGAUAAAUUUCGAGGAAUCAGCGCUCGAGUUUGCAGAUGGAACUACACAAAACUUUGAUGUCAUAUUUGGGGCUGACGGAGAAAAGUCUUUCUGUCGAGAAGCACUACUUGGUAGAGAGGAUCCUCUUGAUGACAGUGGUUUUGAUAUUUAUCGAGCAACUGUAAAGAUCGAUGAUGUGGCUGAGCUCCCUGAUCUUGCCGAACUAGUGGAGGUUCAUAGUAUCAACAUGUGGAUUGGCCCCGAAGGUCAUACGGUGACUUAUCCAAUCAGGAAAGGAAACCUUCUCAACAUCGUGUUAACCCAUCAGCAUGAAUCUGAUUCUCCGUUGUCGAUGGGUCCUGAAUCUAUUGGGACGGACAAUGUGCAUCAAGCAUUCAAAGACUGGAGUCCCCAAUUUCACAAACUGCUAGAUGUGCCAACGGCAUGGAUGAAACGAACGAUGAUGUACUCUCGGGAAUGUAAUUCUUGGUUACAUCCGUUAGGCUAUUUCGCUAUCCUGGGGGAUUCUGCACACGGAUCUCCGCCUUAUUUAGCACAAGGUGCAGCAAUGGCAUUUGAAGACGCCGCAGUGCUUGGUGUCUUAUUCUCCAAAUUCAAAAACAAGGAUGAUAUACCCGAACUGCUUAAAAUCUAUGACAGGCUCCGACGACCAAGAGCGUUGAUGUGCAGAAAUCGUAGCAAAGCUCUCCGUGACGUAUAUGCGCUAGAGAAUGGGCCAGAGCAAGAAGAGCGAGACAGAAUGUUGUUGCACGACCCAUCUUAUGAUGGGUCUCCCAAUUUUCUUGAAGACCCAGUUCUGCGCAACUGGCUGUAUGGAUAUAAUGCUGUAGAAGCUACUGAAGAAGCGUGGUUUGAACAUAUGAAACAGAAGAAGGAGAACAGAAGUGAUUAGGUGCAAGAGUAGCACACUGAAUCAUUCA